GAUAUAGCAAGAUAUAGCAAAUUGAUCUCCCCAAAGGACACCGGGCAUAAUGAACAGAGAGAGGCGAAGUUGCUUGAGAGGUGUCCUCCCAGCCAUGAAGGCCCAAUGUUGGUCGACAUGCCCGCCACAAUUCUUGAUUCAUCCGGUGCCAUCAUCACAUGGUACCUCCCAGAUGCCCUGACAGACGACACCCAGGUGUCCACCGAUUUGCUUGCUCCUACCCUCGAAAAAAGUGUAAAGGCCAAUGGCAAUUGGCAGACUAAUCAAGAGCGGUUCAAACAGGGAUCGGAAAAUGUUGGCUCAACUUCCGGAUGCAUAAAUAUAUCUCCGGCAUGGUAUCAACAGGGACACGAGCAUCUGUCCGAUCCGGACGUAUCAGCAUCGUUGAAGGGACCUUCCUCCGAGAAUAUCCUCAAAGCCAUUGCAAGGCCAGCAGCCAUUGCGUCCGCGGCACUCAGGGUGAUGCAUCCUGAGCAGUACUUUGCAGGGUUGCGAACCUUUUCCAACCUCGGAGAAAAGGCUGUCACCAAGGAUCUGCCACAGAUGCCAGAGACCCUGCAGUACUGGGCAUCUGUGUUUAACACCCUCUCC